CGUAGUCAGCCCCUCUAUUCACAUGUAAAUGAGGUGAGGCGUUAUAAAUACCUAAUACAGGCACUAUCGUUGCGCUUGAGGCUGCAUAACAAAUCAAGUGCUCGUCUGCACAAGUACAGUUCGGCUUUGUUUGCAACAGGGACCGGCGGCCAUCUGUCCCAUUCACGGUGUGUAACGGUCGUGUGGAUUUAUCAACCCUCAGUUUUUGGCAGUGUCUGGGUUAAACUUCUACAACAUGGCCCCCACUCCCAAUAAUAAAAACGGACUGAAUAGAGACGAGGGUGAAUACUAUGGCAUUAAAGUGGACAGAAAGGUAGGCCAAAGUGUCGCUAAUUGUUGUGUAUUGAGUGUUAUUUUGUGUAACUUAUUAUAAUUUAUUAAUGUGCGGUCAAUUGGGUUUUUUUCAGACCAGAAAACCGUUGGUUGAGAAAAAGAGACGGGCUCGCAUCAAUGAAAGUUUGCAAGAGCUCAGAGUUCUGCUCGCAGACACAGAUGUACGUUUUUGCACAUUUUAUGUCACUUUAUCUCACAUUUUCCCUCUCUUUGUGUAGCCUAUUGUCGUUACAUUGUAAACGAGUUAUUUACAUUAUAUCAAUCUGGCAUUCACAGUUACAAUCAAAGAUGGAGAACGCCGAAGUGCUGGAAAUGACUGUGAAACGAGUGGAGAGUAUCCUUCAAAGCCGAGCACAAGGUAAGGUAGGCCUAUAGGCUAGGUUUAUGCACGCGAUGGUAUAAUGCACGUGGACAUUUCAUACAACUAGUAGAAAGUAGUGUGUACACCUACAUAUGUAGGAUCUUAAUUUGAGCCAGGUUUGCUACAGCAGGAAAAUAAUCCAGCAGCAACAGGAAAUGUGAAUUAUUAUGUGGAUUAUAAUUAAUUGACAUUUUUGUAGAGGUUGAUACAUUUUCCGUAAGGGGAAAUCAAGUCUGACAUUUUAAACUGGUAAUAACAGACGUCAGAAGCAAAAACACUGCAUGUUUUACAUUUCUUGCUUUGCAGGAAAGUUCUGCAACAGGGUGAUCAAAUUAAGAUUCUGUGUGUCUUUUAAAUGUAUCUGUCUGUCUGUGCUUUGUCAGAGGUCGACACCGUGAACAGGGAGGCAAGCGAAAGGUUCGCUGCAGGCUACAUCCAGUGCAUGCAUGAGGUGCACACCUUCGUGUCCAACUGCCCGGGAAUCGACACGACCAUCGCGGCGGAGCUCUUGAACCACCUCCUCGAAUGUAUGCCCCUGAACGACGAGGACAGACUCCAGGUGAUGCUCCAGGAUCUCAUGACAGACUGCUCCACUAACAGUAACAGCACUUGGCCCAGUUCUGAGGGCAUAUACGCUGCUGCGGGGGGAAGGAGCAUCUCCAGCGGCAGCUCCUCAGCCCUCUCCCCGGCGCCCUCCACUACCUCCAGCGAUGACCUGUGCUCGGAUCUGGAAGAGACUGACUCUGAGCAGAACCACAUCUCUGUGGACGCUGAGAACCAGGAUGUUCUGAGCAUGCCCACAGCGGCCUAUUCCGAGUCCAUGUGGAGACCCUGGUAG